AUGGAAAAGUUGCUUGAGGAUGGAUUGUACUCGUGCAGCACGGUUCGGGUGAACCGUAAGCAGUUCCCUGUAGAAUUGAAGAAGCCAAAGGAUCUCCGGGAACGAGGGCAGUUCAAAAUCUUACAGAGAGGAACCUCAAAUCUAACGGCAUCAGUGUGGCGGGACAAGAAAUUGGUGCAUCAUGUGAGCACUCUGAGCGACCCCACCCUGUCGCUUCAAGCUCAGCGUCGAACAGGGGCUGAAGUGUUGAAUCUGCAGCAACCCCACGCGGUGAAAGCAUAUUGCCAGUACAUGGGUGGAGUUGAUGUCCACGAUCAAUACCGGCUAUGUUACGAGGUUGGACGUAACUCCAAGAAGUGGUGGCGCUACCUGUUUUGGUUUAUGAUAAACACUGCCAUCGUGAAUGCGUACCUUCUGUUCAAGGAAACUAGUAAACGCAGGCAUUCCAAGAAGCGUUUCGGGCACCUGGACUUCCGUGAGGAGCUCGCCGAGCACUUGAUUGGAGGCUACACGAAGAGAAAACGGGCUAGCCAAGGACAGGCGCAGGCUGGCCUUAUCAACAAGGAGAAUGUGGGUCCCCAUGUCCACGCAAUUCUGCCUGGGAAACGUAGAAGGUGCAAGUACCACAGCCUUGUUCUGAAGGAGCGCACCGACACGCGCUAUGGUUGCACAACAUGCAUGACGCCACUGUGCUGCAAUAUGGAUGCCACAAUUUAUGGCACAGUAUGA